GGGGCUCCUGGCAAGCGCCGCCCGGUAGCGGGAGCUCGCAGUGUGUAGGGGUCUCCGCCGCUCUCCAGGGUCUGCAGGAGGUUGUGUGAAGUUUUAUGACCUGGAGCGGUGCGGAUCCGCCUAAGUCAGUGACCACUGAGUCAGCGCUUCUGCUGCAGCUCCAGAUGGUCGUGUCGGAGCUGCCACGUAAGUAGGUGGUAGGUGAAAGGAUCAAGCUGCCAGAAUUACGGACGCAACUUCUUCCGUUCCCUUACUUUUUCAGAAUUGUUUGGACGUUAGGAGGAAUUUCUUCAGAAGGGUUGAUUAUAUACUGGAUUGGGAAGCUAGGAAAGUGAUGGAGUCACUGUGUCUGGAACCACUUGUUAAGGAAAGACUGGAUGUGGCACUUAGCGGUGGCUGGUGACGUGGUGCUGGCAAGUCACAGGUUGGACUCGAAGAUCUCAGAGGUCUUCUCCGACCUCAUUGAUUCUGUGAAUUUUGAUUCUGCCUCUGAGGUCUCUUUCCCUCUGUCUUUAUGGAAAGGAUUAUAUUGGCUGGUGAUAAAGGAUUAUUCCCUUGUCUCAUGCCUGGUGAUGUCAGUGUGGCUUUAUUUGUUGUGUACUUCUGUGGUGCUCCAGUGUGUACCACGGAUUUCUGAAGUAUUAUGUACAGUGAAAAAAUUAAGGCUCCUUCCUGUGUAGUGCAGCUGUCACAACCCUCAGAAGCAGGGGCAAUAAAUUAUCCAACAGUAUUAGCUAUACUUGAAGAAAACACAGAAGUUUUAUCUUUAUUCUGUGUCAGACAGGAGUGCAGCUUGCACACACUUCCCAGUUUUAUAUUUUCUGGAAGGUUUUUAUGGGAGGCAGGCAUUCCAGCAAGAAAGGCUGUGAUUAAGUUGGCUGAAGGCUAUCAGGUGCAUGACGGUAGGUUUGCCAUUACAUUAGAUCUGCUCAGAAUUUUGCAAAAGCUAGGUUUUCUUAAGGUGAAAUAUCCAGAGCAAAUCAUAGUCACAAUUCACUUUCAAACACUUCUUAAAAGUGUUAAAAAACUAUGUCAGAUAGGUUUAAAACAAUUAACUAUCAGAUCACAAGUUAGACGAUGAAUUUGUUACAAAAGGCUGGAAUAUUACAGUUUCUGUUUUCAGGGUUUCUAGGACUUCUAGAUGCUGCUUCAGGAUUAAGUACCAUCAUAACAUAGAAAUAAACAACAUGAUAAUUGAAUAUGUCUUAAAAAAAAAGCACAGUGAAACAGGCUCUGGUUUCCAUCACCUGAGGUUUCUCAUUCACGGGAGGAAAUUAAACCAGGCACAUGUGCUAAUUCCUAGUUGUGGAACAGUGGAUGCUGACACGUGCACGAGAAAUUGGACAGCUCUUGGGAAGGUGGAGUAACAGAGGAAUAGCCAUCCUGCUGACCCUUACCUGUCUGUGGCCAGCUUUCUCCAUCCUCCUCUUUUCCAUGAAUUCUCCCAGUCCUCAUUUGCAGUGAGGGCUGUGGAGGGGAAAUCAACAACGAUGGGGCAGAAGUAAAUUCUAACUAAGGGAAACAAGAAUGGUGCAAGCACAGAGUGAUGCUUCUGCGAUGUACUGUCCCUGUUGGUGUUCAUGUGAGGGUCAGAAUCAUGCUGAGCAAAGGGUUGUGAUUUGGUUUUAAUACCCUUGGUAGUUUUCUGUGAACUUUUCCAGUUGCCUCUUAAAUUCACAUAACAUGUGAAUUUAAUGGACAGCAGCCUGUGACAAAAGGUUCCACUGGCUGGUGAGAUGUUUUGGACCCUCUGUGAUACCUGUGAGCCAAGCACCUGCUGGUUGGAUUUGGUAUUCCACAAUUCUGUCAUGGGAUGAGACAGCAAACCCAAUCUGUUCACUUCCUUGCAGCUGGAAUAGAUUUAUAGACCAUUUGCAGUGGAAGGGCAGUCCUUUGUCAUCUUCAGGUGGUUGAGGGAUAUAGAAUUUUUGGAGGAAAACUUAUGAAGUUAGUAGCAAUUUGGUGAAUUACUUAAAGCAGCUUUGAAUAGAUGUUUAAAAAAGAUAUUUAGAGGUAGCUCUAAAAGCACUGCCAUAUCUUUCUUCAACCUCUGAAUGUAUAAGUGCAUAUCAAAUUUACCACUUGACUCCUUGUGUAAAGGUGUAUUGUUUUGAGAACUGGGUAAAGUAGAUUUAGUAAACUUUUUUUCUUUGUUAAUACAUUUUCAGGUAAUGCUGACUGUUCUGUUACAGUAUGUGUAUUAUACAUCUCUUGACAUAUGUAUGAUCUUCCAAAGUUAUUUUAUUAGCUCUGGUUUUUAGAUGGCUUUCUGAUUCUGCUGUUAGGAGGCUCAGAAAAAAGUUCGUAUUUUCACUGGGUGGGUUUUUAAGAUGAUGGUAACAAAACCUAACUGGUGCCAAGAUCUUCAGCUCAACACAAUUUCUACCUUGCAUGAUUUCAUAGUUUAUUGAGAGAAUUGGCUUGUUUCAAUAGAACCUUGUCUUCUGUUACAGAGUGUAUUUCUCUGAAUACAAGUAGGACUCUUGAAGAAAGUUUUGUUCAAGAUUUCUGCAAAUAUUUAUUUACGUACAGAAUAGACAUAAAAGUUGAAAGAAUAUCUCUAAAGAUGUCUUUAUCAUUUGCUUUGUCUGUUGUCUAUGCAUACAUGCUGUUAGUGGUAUUUAUGUUCUUCGUCCUCAGUUGUAGGAGCAAAGAACUGUGAUGAGAUUGGACACUGAAAAUCUUAAUGAUAUGGAAAUAGAGCUGUGGUUGUGCUGUGCUUUGUUCCUGAAGUGUUCUGAGCAGAGGAGAUUAUGGAUUAAUCAAGCAUAGCAAAUGAGGGGAAUGAUGGAGUUCAAAGUCAAAGGUUGUGUAAAGCUGAGUUACUCCUGUACUGUGCAGACAGAUAACAUGUUUUCCCAUUUUAAACAUCUCAAGUGAUGUGACUUCCUGAACUUCACUUAAAGAACACAGAAACAUUUAAAUAUCUGUUAUCCUAGUUUUCCUUUGAGUAUCUUUUGAGUAACCUCCCUUGGCUAAGUUCAGGCCUUUCCAAUAUGGCCUCACAAAAAGAGCUGAAGUGUGUUUAUACUCGGUAAAUAUGUUUAUUAACUUUUUCUCUUUGUUCUUAUCUCAUCAGAUAGCUCAACAUGAACUUUAACCAUCGAGAUCAUUUAAAAAGUGAACAGAAUAAUAUCUUUUCUUCAGAGAGCUGGCUGUGGGACUCUGGGUUUCUCCUGCAGUGCAGUCCUAUUCACUGCCUUUUCCUGAAACAGGACAUGGAGCUAUGUUCCUUUCUUCAUGUUAGGUGCUAAGGAAGUUACUUGUUUCAUCAGGGGAAAUGCAGAUCCAUGAAAUUACAUUUUGUGCAAGUUGUUGUUAACUCGGUUGGCAAUGUCUAUGAUUUUAUCUGCUUCUGUGGUCCGUGUGAGGGAUGGACUCCCACUUUCUGCAUCUACUGAUUAUGACCAGAGCACGGGAAUGCAAGAAUGUAGAAAAUAUUUUAAAAUGCUCUCAAAAAAACUCUCUCAGCUUCCUGAUAGAUGUACUCUGAAAACUGGACAGUAUAAUAUAAACUUUAUAAGUUCUCUGGGAGUAAGCUAUAUGAUGCUGUGCACUGAAAAUUAUCCCAGUGUCCUGGCUUUCUGUUUCCUGGAUGAGCUUCAGAAGGAGUUCAUCACUACCUACAAUAUGAUGAAGACGAAUACUGCUAUCAGACCAUACUGUUUUAUAGAGUUUGAUAAUUUCAUUCAGAGGACCAAACAGAGAUACAACAACACACGUUCUUUGUCAACAAAGAUGAAUCUUGCUGAUAUGCAGACAGAAAUAAAACUGAGACCACCAUAUCAAAUUUCUGUGUCAGAACUUGGUUCAGCCAAUGGCUUUUCUCAUAUACCUGUGGGGGAGUAUAAGGGUACUGGUAAGAUAUCUGCAGCUCCUCAUCAGCGUCUGGAACCUGUGACUCUGCCAGGGAUUGUCUCAUUUGUGCUUAGUCUGUUAUGUGGAGCUUUGAAUUUAAUCCGUGGCUUCCAUGCCAUAGAAAGCCUUCUCCAGAAUGAAGGUGAAGAUUUCAGCUAUGUUAUUGCAUUUUUUCUUGGAACAGCAGCCUGUUUGUACCAGUGUUACCUGUUUGUGUACUACACAGGCUGGAGGAAUGCCAAAUCCUUCCUGACCUUUGGGUUGAUCUGCCUGUGUAACAUGUACCUGUAUGAACUGCGCAACCUGUGGCAGCUCUUCUUCCAUGUGACUGUGGGAGCUUUUUCCACCUUACAGAUCCGACUGCGACAACCCCAGGGAAAGUCUCCUGAUUACAAUGUCUGACAAGUCCUGGAACAUUGAGACCAAGUCUUGUUCCAGUAGUUACUCUCAGGAAUGUAAAGCUGUUCUCCAAAAGAAGAAGCUGUCUGAAUGGGGCUUUUUUUUUUUUCUUUUGUUUUCUUUUUAAUAUAUCAAUGUAAGAUGCCUAUGGACAUUUUACACUUGGUGGUUGAACCUUUUUUUAAUUAUUUUUUUAUUUUCUUGAAAAGGACACAAAAGAAUAUGGGACUAGAGGAGGAAAGUGAAACAGAUCCAUGCAGUGAAAUGUAUAUGUAGAAUAUGACUGAUGGUAUAAAAAAGCUUCAUUCAUACAUUCCUGGAGAUAAUCUGAUGUGGAACUAUCUGAUGGUAUUGCAUGAUCACAUUAUCUGAUGGUAAUGUGGAAAUACAUUUUUACAUUAAUGGAGGAAUGUGUAGAGUAUGUUCUGCAUAUCGUGCAAGCUUUUCACUUCCAAGGUCAGUUUUGCCUUUGUGAGGCAGUAGGGAAUAGGCUAAAUAAUAAUAAUGCUAUUGCAUAUUAGCAAACUAGAUGUGGAAUAUGUAAGAUACUAAAUUUCGGAAUGUUUUAUUUCGCAUUGACAUAUAUGUGAAUGUUUUCUUAAUUAAAAUGUAACCUGGAAACUCAGUUUCUGGGGACAUGGCGCUCUUUCUUGUGCUGUAAGUUCUUUCAUGUAUUUUCAUUUAUGUUUUUCUUUUAAUUAUUCUUUGACAUUGAUUUCUGUAGAUAGGGUUCAUUUUUUGUAAUUAUCCAAAAAGUUCUGCCACUAAAUCCAGGAUUCUUGCACGCUUCAUGUGUUUGGACUCUGGAAGGGUUGAAAGAGAACGGAUUGGUGAGUAAAUGGAGUGACUUGUACUUGUUGGAUUAUUGUUCUUUUUAUAUGUUCUUCCUUUCAGAAAUGGAUGAAUAAUUAGCUCAAACCUGAGACAGACAACUGGUGACAGGAAAAUAAUAAAUCAGUCUGAUUAGCUUAAACAAGAAA